AUGGUUUCUGCGUAUGUAGACUUCAAGGGAAAAGAGGGUGAAGUGAAGCGAACGAGAGAGUGACUAACAUAUACGUUGUAAAGCGUGAUUUUAGUUCAGCAUGCUACCCCGGAAACGAUUAUCCAGUUUCAAGAUGAAUUGUCCAACGAACUACCGACAAGACGAGGCAAGUGGAACUUCACGUUCAAAGUUUUCCGAAAUAACCUGCUUUCGGUGCCCGAGGAGAUGGCAGAAACCCACGACCAAAACUCGGCUGUUCAGUUUCUAUUCACGUUAUCGCCGUCCUACCUCCCUGGAAGCACCAUCACCGUGAUCAAUUCCAGCUCCGCUAGUGUCUUUUGCAAUCCGGUGCGAGAAGAAGUGCAUGAGCUCGGAGGCAACACCGAGUUGUGCAUACCUGACUCCCACCUUCAUUUGGGAGCCACCACGGGCCUCAACGACAGCUUUGACAUGUUUGUCCACCAGAAAUUGCAAAGUCUUUGGACACAGAAGCAGAUAAUCAAGGGCGACGGCGGCCAGAUCUACGAGCUCGAAAAUGGCAAUCUUUGGAUCCGCACCUCCAACGUCUUUAUGCAUGGAAGCUUCAAAGGGUUGCUCGUUCAAAUCGAAGUCAGCGACAAGAGACAUAAAGACGGCGGCGAAGAUGUGAUCCAGUCCGUGAUUGAAAAGUACAAUAUACCGCGCGGGAAAAUGUCCUGUGACUUCUUGGACAAGAAUCAUAGUGAUCGAUAUGGGAAUCUAUGCUUGCAGUAUUCUCGUACCUUGGACUUUUAA